ACUGUAUAGUAUAUUAGGCAUUGGUCUGUGCUUCGGUCCUAAAUUCAAGAAUCCCUAUAAAGUAUAAAUUGUCAUUUUCAUUUUGGAAAAUAAACUUGGAGGUCGAAGUAGUGCGUCAUAAUCAUUUAUGUUUAAUUUUGGUUGGAGGCACUGAUUAAAUAAAUAAUAUUGUGAUUCCAAGUAUGAUAUGACAAAUAAGUAACAAUAAAAUUUACCUUUAAGUUGUGAAGUUAAGUGAGUCAAAAUGGCUGGCAGCGGAGAAAGGAUUCUACAAAAAAUUAUACCAAGCAUCCUUGGAUUCUUGUUACUGCUUUAUCUAUCAGAAAAUAUUCCAACCGCUUCCGCCGACUGCAUUUGGUAUGGUGUCUGCUCCAAUCCGACUGAAUUCAAACAAAAGAACUGCAAAUAUGAUGGGCCUGCAAAGAAGGUUGACGAAAGCUCUAGGUCAAUCCUUGAAAAGUACUGCCCGGAUAUCGCGGCGGGCAACAUGGUGUGCUGUGACGCGGCCCAGCUCAGAAACUUUGACAAGAGUAUAGGCGUCGCUGUCAACCUCCUCUCACGAUGUCCCACCUGCCUGGACAACUUCCUCAAGCACAUCUGCACUAUGACGUGUUCCCCCACUCAGAGCACUUUCUUGCACGCGAAGAAAUUUGCGCCAUUUAAUGAAACGCAUCAACAAGUGGAAGAGGUAGACUACCACUUGGGAGCUACUUACAUGAAUACAACGUUCACGUCUUGUUCUAGUGUUCAAAUGCCAUCAUCAAACAAACUAGCGUUAGACUUGAUGUGUGGUGAUUAUACGUCUGAAUACUGUACGCCCCAACACUGGUUCGAUACAAUGGGUGAUGCGGCCACGCCCUACGUGCCAUUUCAAAUUAACUACAUCAGCGGGGAUGAACCAAUUGAUGGAUUUACACCAGUUAACCCACCGACUAAACCCUGCAGUAUAGGAUUGACGGAGGGUCAACCAGGUUGCUCCUGUCUAGAUUGCGCUGAAUCCUGCCCAGCUCCGCCUCCCACGCCCCCACUUCCAAGGCCUUUCACGAUCGCCGGAGGAGAUGGAUAUGCAGUUUGUAUGGCUAUCGUCUUCGUUAUAUUCACCUCAUUGUUCCUCGGUGGUGUCUACUGCUGCAAUCCCCAGGAGAAUAUUGUUGAGUCGUGGAGGGCCGGAGACCGCGACGGACCAGAGACAAGCCCGCUUCACACGCAUAGAUCUAGCGUGGCAUCCGAAAAUAAUCAAGAUAUGCCCACAAAUCCUGGAACUGUCGGCUGGUCGAUAGAUCAACCGGACGGAGCUAAUGAUGCCACGUUCUUUGAGAGGCUCGGAGCUAAAACCGAGACCAAGCUGGAGGACUUUUUCCAGUGGUGGGGUUGUGCCAUGGCCUCGAGGCCGUGGAUUGUUCUGUUAAUGGGUCUAUGUGUGGUGGUUUCUCUGGGUUACGGGAUAAGGUUCAUGCAAGUGACCACGGAUCCGGUUGAACUAUGGGCGGCGCCCAACUCCAGAUCGCGUCAAGAGAGAGAAUACUUCGACUCUCACUUUGAGCCGUUCUAUAGGACAGAAAUGCUAAUCAUCACCGCUAAGGGUCUCCCGAAGCCGGAGUACACGGCCGCCGAUGGCACUACUAUAACCUUUGGUUCUGUCUUCAAUUCGACGUUUCUGCUGGAUGUGCUGGAGUUGCAGAAUAGGAUAGUCGCAUUAGGAAACGAGACACGUAUAGAGGACAUAUGCUUUGCCCCACUGUCCUCUCCGUUCAGUGGGCCAGUGACGGCUGACAAGUGUGGUAUCAUGUCAGUGCUCGGAUGGUGGGAGAACGAUGCCAGCAAUAUUGAGGAGAAUCUCGAGGAUAAUGAGUAUCUUUCUCAGGUCAUCACGUGUGCCAACAAUCCCUAUACAUGUCUCGCCCCGUGGGGCGGUCCGGUGUUGCCGGCCGUGGGUUUGGGAGGCUUUUUGGCCCCCCAGGAACAACUCACCAAGAAAUCUCGCUUCCACGAAGCCACAGCCCUUAUUUUAACCAUUCUUGUUAAUAAUAGACACGAUAAGGAGAAGCUGAAACCAGCAAAACAAUGGGAGAAAGAGUUCAUAGCAUUCAUGAAAAACUACACGGAGAACGAGAUGCCCGCGUACAUGGAUAUUGCGUAUACGUCCGAACGGUCCAUCGAGGACGAGCUCGAUCGCGAAUCGAGCUCCGACAUUUCGACUAUUCUCGUCUCUUACUUCAUCAUGUUCGCGUAUAUCGCCAUCUCACUCGGACGGUUCACUACCUGCUCGAGGCUGCUCAUUGACAGUAAAGUCACUUUGGGAUUGGGAGGUGUUCUAAUAGUCCUGGCAUCGGUGGUGUGCUCUAUCGGAAUUUUCGGGUAUUCGGGCGUGGCAGCCACAUUAAUCAUCGUCGAGGUGAUUCCCUUCCUGGUGCUCGCCGUGGGAGUGGACAACAUCUUCAUCCUGGUCCAAACAAACCAGAGGGAGGCGAGGAGACCCAACGAGACGAUUGCGGAACACAUCGGCAGGACUUUGGGUCAAGUGGGUCCCUCCAUGUUCCUCACCUCAAUAUCGGAGUCCGUGUGCUUCUUCCUCGGAGCCCUAAGCGACAUGCCGGCAGUGCGGGCCUUCGCCCUCUACGCGGGGGCAGCUUUGCUGGUCGAUUUCUUGCUACAGGUCACCUGCUUCGUGGCCUUGUUGGCUAUUGACACGAGGCGGCAGAACGCUAACAGGUAUGACAUCUUCUGCUGCCUGUCGGGCAGUAAGACCGAAGUGAGUGAGAACAGCGAAGGCGGCCUCUACAGCCUCUUCAGAGACGUGUACGUUCCUUUCCUCAUGAAGAGGGAAGUUCGAGCCUCCGUUAUGGUUAUAUUCUUCGCCUGGCUUUGCUCGUCUGUUGCGGUGGCCCCCCAUAUAGACAUCGGGUUGGAUCAAGAGCUGUCCAUGCCCCAAGACAGUUUCCAGCUCAAAUACUUCCAAUACCUAACGAAAUACCUUAACAUCGGUCCGCCGGUUUAUUUCGUGGUCAUGGAGUCCGAGGCCUUGGAUUAUUCGGAUGUGAAUGCGCAAAACAUGAUCUGUGGCACACGAUGGUGUCGGCCGGAUAGUGUUGCCAACCAAUUGUACUCGGCGUACCGUAUAUCCAACGUGACGUACAUAGCCCAGCCCCCGAACUCUUGGCUGGACGAUUUCUUCGAUUGGGCGGCGUCGCCCAGCACUUGCUGCAAGUACUUCCCGGCCAACGAGAGCUUUUGCCCCAGUUCCUUUGGUAAUCCACCUUGCAACAAAUGCAAUAUGCCGCUGGUGGGGCCGGAGCAGCGUCCCACGCCCGGAGAUUUUGAGCGCUACAUCCCCUACUUCCUCCAGGACAACCCCGAAGCCACCGGGUGCGUCAAGGCCGGCCACGCCGCGUACGGACAGGCCCUCAACUACCACAUGUACAACAAGACUCAGGCCAGGGUCGGCGCCACUUACUUCCAGGGCUACCACACAGUACUGAAGACAAGUUCGGACUACUAUUCGGCAUUACGAGCGGCUCGAGCCAUCUCUGCCAACCUCACAGAGACACUCAAUAAAAACCUACAGGAAAUGGGUAAGAACAAGACGGUGAACGUGUUCCCAUACUCCGUGUUCUACGUUUUCUACGAGCAAUACCUGACGAUGUGGCCUGACACGCUCAAGUCCAUGGGGAUCUCUGUUCUCUCCAUCUUCAUCGUCACCUUCGUGCUGAUGGGCUUCGAUCUCUUCUCUGCUCUGGUCGUGGUGGUGACGAUCACCAUGAUCGUGGUGAACCUGGGAGGGCUCAUGUACUGGUGGGGAAUCAGUCUUAACGCUGUGUCGCUCGUCAACUUGGUGAUGGCGGUGGGCAUAGCCGUGGAGUUCUGCUCCCACCUGGUGCACAGUUUCAGCGUGUCUCCGGGUGACAGUCGUGUGGCGAGGGCCUCCGCGGCCCUUACCAGGAUGGGCAGCUCUGUCCUCUCGGGUAUCACGCUCACCAAGUUCGGAGGCAUCAUCGUGCUGGGCACGGCCAAGAGUCAGAUCUUCCAGGUGUUCUACUUCCGAAUGUACCUCGGAAUCGUGUUAUUCGGCGCUGCCCACGGCCUCAUCUUCCUGCCCGUCAUGCUCAGCUAUAUCGGUUCGCCCGUGAACAGGCAGAAGAUAGCCAAUCAGAUGCUGCGAGGCAAGGAGCUGGGCGUGGCUGAGACCUCGCUCACUCGAGUAAGCCCUUACAGGCAAUAUCACUUUGACGCGCUUCCCGCUUAACGAGACUGAACGAUUCCUUGGAUUCGCCAACGGCUUAGGGACUCGGGGCGAACUGGGCGAAAAAAACAUUUAGUCCCAAUUGUAAAAAAAAAAAAAACUUUUAUUGCGUAAUGAUCAAUUCAAUUGGAGUUUAUUUAGCUUCAAUCCCGUUGUCCCAAUUCAUGAAAUUGUUAAUGUGCCUAGAGAAAUAAAUGAGUCACAAAGUGAGCCAGCGGUAUGGCUGAACUAAUGUGUUUAAGUAGUUUUUUGGAUGUAAUUAAAAAGCCUUAAUACGAUAAUAAAUAAUUUUAGAUUUGUCCUUUAUUUUUUUGUAUUGAAUAUUUUUGACGUUUAGAUUUUCUACAAGUUUUUGACGUUUUCAAAAUUUUGACAAUUUAUAAAGAUGGCCCAGUUCUGCUUAGUUAUCGAUCUCUAUUUUGUAUUUAUUUAUUGUAAUUUGUAAAUAUUCAUGUCGUAAUUCACAUUUUUUUUUUAAUGCUUUCUGACGUACAUUAAUGUUUGGCCUAUAAAUUUCCAACAGAAACACUCUACAUAUAUAAAAAAAAUAACCUUAUACCAAUGUUCGUAAUACAUUAUUAUGAAUUUAAACAAAGCAAGAAAACAAAUUUCCUAAUAGUAGAAAAUUUUACGCCAUUUCCUAAGAUUUAACUGAAAGAACUGGGCUGUACACUGCUUGUUUAUUAUGCAUCGUUCAAUCUCGUUACUAACUCGGAGGUCGGGAAAUUAUAUAGUCGACUUUACCGACCUCUGGACUAACUUUGUGGGUAAAAUUUGGAAUUCGACCGUGUAGUCAAGUUCGAAAUGGUGAAGCCACUUUCGAUGUAUCGGUUAAUGGAGGGGUUUUCUCCCAGAGCAUUUAUGUGAACUCAAUUCAAAGUUAAUUGAGACUUAACCGCUGGUUAUGGUUAUGCAUGUUUAGAAGGACAGACGUCAUUCCUAGUUAUUCGAAUUUAAUUUAAUUUGUUUGUUACUGGCUCGCCUCUGCACUGUACUUAAGCCUACCCGAUGUACUUAGGGCGGCUGAAGUGUGACGAAAGCUUGCAACAUUGAGCACAAGGCUUUAGUUCAGCGACGCGGUCGCCAAUUAUUUUUGUAUAAUUAAAUAAUAUAAUCUAUUUUUUAUUCGUUUGCUUCAUGUGAAAAUGAGAAAUGUGUAAGUCGUUGUGUAUCGAUGUUUGUUAAUCUGCGGAGAGAUUGACUCAGACAUUCCUAUGUUUAGUGAGGGUAGUUCGUGAUACCAAAUACUUGAGUCAAUAUCUUUUAUGAUUCAGUAGUUCAUCCGGCGAUGUAGGAUUUCGCGGAAGGCCUGGACGCGUUUAAUGCGAUAUAUCGAAUAUUAUUUAUUUCUUACUUUUGGAGGGUAGUCCAGACCUUUUUGUGUAAAUGCUGACGUCACUGGUUGUGUUAGUUACGCUGUUGUUAGGUUGCACAUUGUAUUUUUCAACUAACAUGGGUAAAUUGGCAACUAACCCAUGGUGCUGGGUCAAAAUCGAUUGACAAUACAGAUGACAUAUUCUUGCAGGUACGUCUAUAACCUGGGAAAAAGAACAAAUUAUUAUUUUUUUUUUUUUUGGGGAGUAUUUUCUUUUGUAAUUAUAGGUAUUAUUCUUGUGAUGUAUUCUGUGAGAUUACCUACGUUCCUAUCGUUUCGAAUAGUACUCCGAGAUUUCUCGUUUCUGAAUUGCAUGGUUUAGUACAUUUGCGUAGACGUUUACGUAAAAAUCUUAGUGUAGCGUAUACGUGCAAUGUGUGUCAAUAGUGAAAUUAUUUUAUUGGAAUUCAGAAACUUAAGCUUCGAUUCCUUAGAAUCUCUACUUAAUAUAGUACUUAAUUAGAGGGAACACAUCCAAAGGUUAUGGUUAAAUGUAACUGACAUUAUUGUAAAGUUUGAAAUAAAUUUCGUUUAUUAUUA